GUAACAUCUUCAUUGCAUUCUCUAUAACAUCAUUCAUCUUCUAUAAGCUUUACUUAGCAAAUCAAAAUGGCAACUUCUUCUUCUUCUUCAACAACCACUUUUGCUUUAGCUUUGUUCACGACAAUUUUGCUUAUAGGAAGUUCUUCAGCUCAACUCUCUGAGAACUUCUAUGCUAAUAAAUGUCCCAAGGUUUUCUAUGCUGUGAAAUCUGUUGUUCAAUCUGCCGUGGCUAAAGAACCUCGCAUGGGAGGGUCUCUCCUUCGCCUCUUCUUCCAUGACUGCUUUGUCCAUGGUUGUGAUGGAUCAGUACUACUUGAUGGGGCUUCCUCGGAGAAGAUUGCACCUCCCAACAAUAAUUCUCUAAGAGGUUUUGAAGUGAUUGAUGCCAUCAAGUCUAAGGUGGAGGCAGUGUGCCCCGGAGUGGUGUCUUGUGCUGAUAUUGUAGCCAUUGCUGCUCGAGACUCUGUUGUAAUUCUAGGAGGGCCAUCUUGGAAGGUUAAACUUGGUAGAAGGGAUUCCAAGACAGGGUUCUUCCAAGUAGCAAGCACUCAAGGUGUGCUCCCAUCUCCUGCUUCUUCCCUCAACAACCUUAUCUCAAGCUUUCAAGCUCAAGGCCUCUCUGCCAAGGACAUGGUUGCCUUAUCUGGAGCACACACAAUUGGGAAGGCAAGGUGUUCUAGUUAUGGUAACCGCAUAUACAAUGACAAGAACAUUGACAGUAUCUUUGCUAAGGCAAGGGAGAAGAACUGUCCAAGGACAUCUAAAGGGACACCAAAAGACAACAAUGUAGCAAAUCUAGACUUCAAAACACCCAACCAUUUUGACAACAGCUACUACAAGAACCUCAUCAACAAAAAGGGUCUCCUUCAUUCUGAUCAGGAACUUUACAAUGGAGGAUCCACAGAUUCAUUGGUUACAACUUACAGCAACAAUCAGAAAGCCUUUGAGUCUGACUUUGUUGCUGCUAUGAUUAAGAUGGGAAACAUCAAACCUUUAACCGGGUCAAAUGGGGAGAUAAGAAGGCACUGUAGGAGGCCCAAUUAGAGGAAUAAAUUAUAAAUUGUAUUUCUGUACUGUGCUACAUAGACACCCCAAAAGUGGGGGAGUUCUUUUGUUAGUUGAUCUGUUAAGGUGUUUUUCUCGUGCAUUCAAAUAUUGUUUUGUUGUUUGGUUCAAUUUGGAUUUUACUAGAGUUGUCGUAAGGAAUUAUAAUUGUAAAGCAUGUUUUUUAUGACAUGGAAUUAUAAUAUGUUGUUGUUACUUGUUACAACUACAACAAUUGUAUCUGUUUAAAAAAAGAGUGAUAUAAUAGGAGUGAAAUAUUGUUUUCAAUAA